UAACGGACUCUACUCACAGUGUGAUAUGUCAGUAGCUCUCUUGACAGCACACAGAGUGGGCUGAUGUUGACAUGGAGGUCUUCCGUCUAAUAUUCUUCAUGGCGGCCAUUAUGGAUGUGGCAAUACAUCAAGAAGUAAAUGGUUUCAUACAUUUCAAAAGGGUGAGAACUAGGCGCAGUGAACAUUCCGAAGGAAUACUGGAGCUAUUUAAGAAUACAAAUAAAACAAUGCUUGAAUCAAACAUCCGGAACUUGGAAAAUUCAUCCGGGCCUAUGCCUGAUAGUCCAGUGUUUGAUGACAAAAUGUCCUUCAAUGACAUUACUACCCAGAAUGAAAUAGAAUUUACUGUUGGAGAAAGCUCAGCGGGUAAACUCAUACAGCCUGACAGAGAAAACCCUUUCUCCCUGGUAAAAACAUCCGCGAAGUCUGAAGAUAAAGGUCCCAUGUCCUUUGAAAAUUCAAGAACACAGCCCAAUACGGAAAUCAAAACACACAAUCGAAGUGAAGUUGAGAGUGAUAUACAGAUAUUAAGAAGAAACAUCUCAUCACUGUAUCAAUAUUCAAAUGGCACAGAUGAAACCCCUGGAGUACAAGCCCAGUAUGAAAUGUUGAAUGACACAGCAGUAAAUGAUACUGUAAAAGAUAUAAAUUCUGAAAACAUAACAAAAAAUUUCAAUUCACAAACUGAUAUAGAGAAGAAGAGUAAUAAAUUAAUCUCUGUAAAAGGAACCGAAUCUACUUCAACUCCACAGUCUUCAAAAAAUAUUCUUAUCUUUGCAAAUACACAUAGCAGGCCGGCACUUUCAACUAACUCUUUGCCUACACCUAAUCAUGUGACCAGAGUUUUGUAUUCAAAUGUAACGAGCAGUUCAAAUAACAAUGGUUCUACUCUUCCCUCCAACACAUCAACACCAGCACUGCCUUCUUAUAUAACAAUAACCACUACACAAUCAACAACCCCAUUUCUUGAUUUAAAUCAAAAUUUAACUGAAGAUAUGAAGUUUGUUGAUCAGGCAGUAAACAAUACAAUGUACACAGUUCCCUCUAAUAGCUCAGAAUACAAUUUGAAAGAUCAGACAAGAAAAUUUCCUGAUGAUGAAACAGUUUACACAAUAAUUCCUGGAAAAUUACACACAGCAUUAAGAUUUCCUCAAAAUGUCUCUUCAUUUACAUUAUCAACAUUAUCUAAAACAAAGAAUAAACUCAAAACGUCUGAAGAUGGCCCAUCAUUUCAUUCAGAGUUCUCAGUAAAAUUGACAACUUCAACAGCCACGCCUCCAUUAUUUUAUUUGUCAGAUGCAAAUAUUAGCACAGAAUCAUUUCCAAGGAAUUUGUCAGUAACAAGUAAAUCAACAGAAUCUGCAAAUGUGAGAGAAAGUACUGAUCAGUCAUCUAAUACUGAAUCUCUACCAAAUUUCCCUCAAGUAUCUCAUGUUCUAGUUCCCACCGUAAACAAUGCAACAUCAUUAGGAACACCAGAACCUGCUUCCAAAUUGUCCAGCUUAAUUUCACCAAUGCAAAUUCCAGAAUCAGUGAUUACAUAUCCAAUACAUAUUGUUCCAUCAACAGAAACCAUAACCUCAAGUGCAACUGUCAGUCCUGUGCUAUCCGUAAAAGCUGUAACCUCAAGCACAAUUAUCAGUACUGUAUCAUCAGUGGGAAAUAUAACCUCAAACAAAACUUCCGGAGUUGUGAAUUCAAUAGAAACUGUAAUAUUAGACCCAAUUAACAAAACUGUAACAUUAUUAGAAACUGUAAUGUCAACAAUAGCUUCCAGUACUAUGCCAUUAGUAGCAACUCCAAACUCAGUUUCUAGUACUGUACCAGAAACUGUAACUCUAGGUACAAUUUCCAAUACUGUACCAGAAAUUGUAACUCUAGGUACAAUUUCCAGUACUGUACCAGAAAUUGUAACUCCAAGUAAAAUUUUCAGUAUUGUAUCAUCAGUGGGAAAUACAACCUCAAACAAAGCUUCCAGAGUUGUGAAUUCAACACAAACUGUAAUCUCAGAGCCAAUUAACAAAACUGUGUCAUUAUUAGAAACUGUAAUGUCAACAAUAGUUUCCAAUACUGAGCCAUUAUCAGCAAAUACAAACUUAAUUUCUAGUACUGUAACAGAAACUGCAACUCCAAGUACAGUUUACAGUAUUGUGCCAUCAAUAGAAACUGUUACUACAAGCACAAUUUCCACACCAUAUUUCAGUACAGUAUCGUCAACCAAUUAUGCACUGGCAACUAAAGAACCCAGAAAAAUAAAUCAAUUUCAAGUUGGCAUCAGUGGUAAAAAUCAAUCUACACACAAAACUGAAGAAUAUAUAAGGACAUCAUUAAAGAAUUUGAGUGCUAAUAGGAACUCCACAUCUUUGAAUGUUACACAUGAGAAAUUGUUUUUCAAAUCUGAGAAACUGACUGACAGACAGAAGAGAGAGGAUCCAUUAACCAUCAUAUUCAAGGGUGAAAUGGAGGUUGCAGAAUGGUUCUUAAUUUUGGACAUGGAAUUCAGAAGAUAUUUUUCAAAAGCUCUUACAGAGUGCAAGAGGCUUCAAGAAAAAUGGAAAAAAACAUUUUCACCAGAAGACAUCUGGUAUGUGUCACCUGGACCUUUUGUCACUGGAGAAAACCUUACCAUCUGCAUACUAGUGAAAAAUCCAGCAGUAGAAGAAGGAAAUAUGUUCAUUUCAGGAAAAUACCUUCAGAAAUGCCUACAAGAAGUAACACCCAAUUUGAACCAAAUGCUGAAUGUGGAAAUCAUCGAUACUGUCAUUAGAAUUACGCUGCCAAAGCAAUACCAGUGCAGCGUUCAGGAGACAAGGACAAAUGACGACAAAAUGAAACUUACAAUUGCGAUGAGUGUGAUAAUAGUAAUAUUCAUGUCUAUUAUUGCUGCUCUCAUGCUUGUCAUAAAAUAUCGGCAACACCACGGACUUUUCGAACCUCCGACUGGACUGUCUUAUAGGCUGCCAUGUCACAAUGACGGCCGACAUCUAGCCACUGAUGAGGACUGUGUUGCUACGGAAGGAAGCAAUGCACAGCCACAGGAAGCGAAACAAGAGAAAGCAAAUGGUUCUACUCCUUCAACUUCGAAGAAUACUGUGAACGUUAAACUGAUCAGCAAAGAGGAACAUGAAAACUAUCGAGUUUGCAUGUACACGAUAGCUUUGUAUUCUUUCUCCAGGAAACUGGAGGUCUGCUCCAGUGAAAUAAGAGACCCACAGAAGAUGAAGAAAUGCAGCAAUAUUGAUGCCAAGGAAGAAAUAUUAAUGGCUCAGCUGCACAAACCACCAUUAAUUUCUGAAGACUGAUGUAAAGAAACCUUUAUCCAUAUCAAGCUUAAAUGAUGUAACUUAAAAAACAUGCGUUAUUUCUAGCAUGUGUGAGCGAGUCUGUUUGUGCAUGGGAAUAUGUGUGUGUUUCUUUCUUUGAGUGUUUUUAUAAACAAUUAUAUUAUAUUUUCUUCAAAGAAUUUAUUUGGGAUAUUGGUGCUGCCAUAAAUAACCUUUUUAACUUGUGGUAGAAGACUGGAAGUUGUAGCUUGUUUGUGAAGAUCUUAUGAGUAACAAAAGAAAUUCUGUUUGUUAGAAACAUACAUUUUAGUUAUUUAUUCAUGCAUAAAAAUUCUAUGAAAGAAUUAAGAUAUUUCAAAUGUAUUUAAUGAAUGUAAUAUAACUGCACAGCAUAUUCAUCGAUGAUCUCACCGUAUGGUCAGUCCCCCCAUCCUGUUGGAACCAUAUGGUACGGAGACCAAUUCCGCGACAAAGCUACUCUAGUUCAAGGUACAUUUUCACACGGCCAUUGUAUGUUAUAGUAACAGCUGCACCUGCACUGUCUCUAGAGAUGUAAGGGCCUAUUAACCCAAAGUACACCAACCCACAUCAAUCACUUUUUCACUGUGAAGAAGAUGUUGGUGUAGCUGAUGUGGAUUUCAACUGCCUAGCAACGAAAAUUCUAUUUACAGAACCCGGUAAAUGAAAAUGUUCUUCGUCCGUCAUGAGGAGAAUGUUAAUCACAUCAUAUUCAUUCAAAAUAUCGAGAAAUUCCUCCAGAAAAAAAUCCUAUGAUUUGUCAUGUCCCGAUCACUUAACUCCUAAAUUACCGCAAUUUUAUAUGGAUAGAAACUGAGAUCAUUGUGCAAAAUUCUGCGGACGAUGCAAUUGGAUUUCUCAAAGAAGUGGCUUGUCUCCUGGCUCCUGAGUCAAGCAUUUCCUGCUGGGAGCUGAGAACUGCAUUCAUAUUCAUCAUUGGACACAGUGCGAAAUCAGCAAUGCCAAUAUGGCUGCUACUAAUUUCAAUUCCUGACAGCUGACAAACUUGAAGGUUAUCUGACACCAUUAAUUUGUUUAAACAUUUCAGGUGUUUUUGUUGAAAUCCUAGUACAAUACAUUCCUUCUUAGAGAUUGAUCAACACAUAAUUAUUGGUCAGUGAACUUGAGUGAAGAACUUGCAUGCAUUUUAAAUGUAUUCUUACCUGUGGAAUGAAUGAUUUAGUUAAUAAAAAUAUAAGUAUAUAAUCUUUAAUUUAA